AGCGAACAUUCGUCAUUAAAAAUGUGGAAAAAAGUGGUAACCGCUCUAUUUCUGUGGACUUUCACGGCUGUCCAGCAUGGUAAUGCGCUGACCUGUUACAGCUGCGAUUCUGUCGAGUCCUGUCGCAACGCCAACACCCAAGAGUGCAGCAAUGAAACAGCCUUGGAAAACAAUGCGAUAUUGAGCACCAUUUUCCAGGAUCUGCCGUAUGUUAAUAACAUCAGCAAUUUCGAGUGCUUCAACCUCACUUAUAUAUCCAAUCAAACUUUGACUGAACUACGUGGCUGUAUUUUCCCGGAAGUCAAAGUCUGCGAUCAGUUCCCAUUGACGUCCUACUUCGGCUACAACUUUUGCUACACCUGUAAUUGGAACUAUUGCAAUCGAAAUCCAGCGGGCACUUUUAGCAAGAGCACCUUUACCAUUAUAGCCUCAGCUAUAACUCUGAUCUUUACCAAACGGUUGCGUUAGCAUAGCUAACGGUAUAGCUGAACUGUCAUAAAUCUACAUAUCGAUUAGUUUCAAUGCUGAUGUAUGUCAAAGUUGAUCGAUUGAACUGUUAAAU